AUGCCGCUCAUCCUAAUAUCUGGUUUUCCAUCGAGUGGCAAGACCUUCCGUUCUCAUCAACUGAUCCAGGACUUCACCCGGAAAAUCUCCGAGUCUCAAGAUCCCAAAAUUCAGCGGCUCAAAAUCGUGCACAUUGAUGACGCAAAUCUCGGUCUGUCCCGCGAUGUCUAUGCUACAGCUCGUGCAGAGAAGGAUGCCAGAGCGACGUUCUCCUCUGCCAUCAAGCGAGUUCUGACACGAGACACCGUUGUGGUCGCGGAUGGCAUGAACUAUAUCAAAGGCUUCCGAUACCAACUUUACUGCGAAGCGAAAGCGGUACAGACGACCAACUGUGUAGUGCACGUGGGAACGCCCAGUGAAACAUGCCGUCGAUUGAAUGAACAGGCUCUAGAAGAUCCCAAAGGCGGUGGCUACGUACCUGAAGUUUUUGAGAACCUGAUCUUCCGCUACGAGGAGCCGAACGGCAUGAACAGAUGGGAUGCGCCACUAUUUAUAAUCCCCUACGAUGACGCAGAGCCACCGAGUGAUGCGAUAUGGGAAGCCAUGAUCGGAUCUGAUGGCAAGCAAAAGGUUGUUCGACCGAACGCCGCAACGGUCUUGAAGCCGGCAGCCGAACAGGGAUAUCUGUACGAACUGGACAAGACGACCUCAGAUGUCGUUGCGCUGAUUACCAGCUGGCAACAAGACCAUACUGGCGAAAGCGGAGGCGAGGUUCGAGUGCCUGAGUCAGAGCAGGUCAUCAGUCUACCGACGAGCUCUCCCACUUUGCCUCAACUUCAAAGACUGCGGAGGCAAUUCAUUGGCUUGAAUAGGCAGCACACGUUGAGCAAGAGCCGGAUACGUGAUCUGUUCAUUGACUACUUGAACGACGCGUUUGAGAGCUGA